ACUGCGCCAUCAUGGAUUCAAACACUGCACACAAUCCUGUGUUUCUGCUAUUUCCUCCAGAAAUCACAAUUCCUGACUUGCAGUCAACAGACCUCACAGCCACAACCUAUGAUACGAGCGGCCCUUUUCCAAAAUUACUUGCUACAAAAAUGAAAAUCUUAGGGGCUAUGCAGAUCCUGUUUGGAGUGAUGAACUUUUCUUUUGGAGUUGUUUUCCUUUUCACCCUUGAAAAUCCAUACCCAAGGUACCCCUUUAUAUUUGUUUCAGGAUAUCCAUUCUGGAGCUCCGUUUUGUUCAUUAAUUCUGGAGCCUUCCUAGUUGCACUGGAAAGAAAAACCACAAAAACUCUGGUGAAGUUGAGCCGAAUAAUGAAUUUUCUUAGUGCCCUGGCAGCAACAGCUGGAACCAUUCUCCUCACAUUUGGUCUCAUUCUAGAUCAACACUUCUUUUGUGGCUACGCUGAAACGAUUAGUCAGUGUCAGGCUGUCGCCACCCUAUUCAUUGGAAUUUUGAUUAUGUUGAUGGCCUUCAGCAUUAUUGAAUUAUUCAUCUCUCUGUCUUUCUCAGUUUUGAGGAAACCCUUUUAUUGCUGUGACUAAUGGUGCUGAAUAUCACCGUGGGAAUAAAGAUGUGUUAUAAUAUCAUCAAGAGGUGAAUUAUGAUUGUGAGAAAAAGCCAGAAGGAACACAGAGUCUUAAGGCUGGCAACUGUCGGAAGUGAAGGGGAGUGACUUAAGGGAGUGGGG